AUGGGCGCGCUGCUCUCAAUCCCGAUCGAGCACCUGAGCGCCCCAUCCCAAUCAACCGCGCCAACACUUCGACGAGACGAGAUCGAGAGCCUGGCCGCCUCGAUCCGCGAGAAGGGCAUCGUCCAGCCUCUGGUGGUGCGGCCGGGCGACGACGGCGGCGCGCCCUACCAGAUCGUCGCCGGCGAACGGCGCUGGCGGGCGGCGCAGCGGGCGGGCCUCCACGAGCUGCCGGCGGUGGUCCGCCACCUGAGCGAGGCCGAGAGUAUCGAAAUCGCGCUCGUCGAGAACCUUCAGCGCCGCGACCUGAACCCGCUGGAGGAAGCCAGUGCCUACCGCCGCCUGAUUCGGGAGUUCGACCACCGCCAGGAGGAUGUCGCGACCGCGCUCGGCAAGUCGCGCAGCCAUGUGGCCAACACGGUGCGCCUCCUCGAUCUCCCCGAGAAGGUGAAGGCGCUCGUCGGCGACGGCACGCUGAGCGCGGGCCACGGGCGGGCGCUGCUGGCGGCCGCCGAUCCUGCAGCGCUUUCGGACACGGUGGUGCGCUUAGGGCUUACCGUGCGCCAGACCGAAGCGCUCGUGCGCCGUGCCGGGAGGGGCGCACCGGCCGGACGAGGCCCCCGACGUCCGACCCCAACCUCAAGGCGCUGCAGGACGACCUCGGCCGCGCGCUCGGCCUCAAGGUGA